UUUGCCACUGUCCUGAGAUUUGAGCUGCUAGCUUGGGAAGGGGGUGGGGGUGCAGACAGACACACAGAGAGAAGAUACUCCUGCAGGGUGCAGGGUUGUGCAGAGAGAGGGUUAAUGGAAAUCUCUCCCUAUUGUGCAAAGGAGCGGUGGAAUUCAUUGUGUCCUGUUGGAGGUGGGGUUUUCCUUCUGCUGGGAGGGUUAGAUUUGUAACUACCUUGAGAAAGUGGAACAGAGUUGGAGACUUCAGAUGGGGGCUGCCUUAUUAGAUGGAGCCUGGUUUUUGCAAACUGCCAGCCCUCUCGGACCCUGGCAAAAGCCAGACGUGAGAACCCAGAGGGGGAUUUGCCUGUACUGAAUGCCAGGAGGAAGUAUCCCGGGGUGACCAAUACAUCUCUCAGCAAGGGGGAAAACUGUGUGACUUCCAACAUUCAUUCUCUGUAAAGGAAACAAACAAACAAAAAUACUCUGAAUGGGUCAAAAAGUAGCAAUGAGCUUCUUUUCCCUCUCUCUUUCUGAAGAACAGUUAUUUGCCUGAAUGGUCACUUGGUUAGGAAAAUAGAAAUACUUUGUGGGUGCUUGCUGCCGGCAACCUGGAUAACUCUGGAAAGAAAAUAAUCAGCUGCUGCUGCGAUGGAGUUCCACACACUUGCCUUAUCUUUCAUCUUUGCGCUGAAGCUGCCCUUAGCCACCUAUGGGAACAAGCUGCUGCCGCACAUGCCAAAUGUCUGUGCUGAACAAGAGCUUGCAAUGGUGGGCCGGUGGCAGCCACAUAUCCAAGCCUUUUCCCGAUUGGUCAAAGUAUGGAAGCCGGGCUGUGGAAGUAAGCCCUGGUGUGUGGGCUAUGAACGGAGGACAGUGUAUUAUGUGGAAAACAGGCAAGUGUACAGCAUGCAGUACCAGACUGUGUACAGAUGUUGUUCGGGAUGGUCUCAACUUGGAGGGGAUUCAGGCUGCAAUUACCCUGUCUGCAGUUUCGGAGUAUGUUUCAAUGGUGGGAAUUGCGUGGAAGGAGCACCACACCUCUGCCACUGCCCUGCUGGUUUCCAAGGCCCCUGCUGCCAAUAUGAUGUGAAUGAAUGCGAAACCAGGAAUGGAGACUGCGAAUCCCAGUGCUGCAACACCAUUGGUAGCUUCUACUGCAAGUGCCCUGCAGGUUCAAGGUUGAAAGAUGAUGGGAAAACAUGUGAAGAUGUUGAUGAGUGCCAAGUUCACAAUGGGGGCUGCCAGCACAGAUGUGUGAACACUCCGGGGACCUAUUAUUGUGAGUGCAAGCCAGGAUCGCGCCUUCACACAGACGGCAGGACCUGCCUUGCCAUCAACACCUGCUCCAUCAAUAAUGGCGGAUGCGAACAUGAUUGCGUGCAGCUCACCGUCUCACAGCAUCAGUGCCAAUGCCGACCCAGUUACCAGCUGAAGGACGAUGGGAAGCAUUGCAUCUUAAGAAACGCAUGUGCCGAUAGGAAUGGAGGCUGUAUGCACAAAUGCCAGAAUCGCCGUGGGGUGGCACAUUGUGAAUGCCACCCUGGAUACAGACUGGGGCAUGACCACAAAACGUGUGAAGAUAUAAAUGAAUGUGUGGCUGGGCUAGCCACAUGCGCACACAGUUGCUUGAAUACCCGGGGUUCCUUUAAAUGCACUUGCAAUCCAGGAUACGAGCUGGGGGCAGACGGCAAGCAAUGUUACCGGAUAGAAAUGGAAAUUGUGAACAGCUGUGAGACCAACAAUGGCGGCUGUUCCCACCUUUGCAGUCAUACAAGUUCUGGACCUGUCUGCACCUGUAACCUGGGAUACCAACUAGAUGAAGACCAGAAAACUUGCAUUGAUACAGAUGAAUGCAGUGCUGGAUCUCACUGCUGCCAGCAGGAAUGUUAUAAUUACCCCGGAGGGUAUGAAUGUGUUUGCUACGCCGGCUACCGAUUGAACACAGAUGGCUGCAGUUGUGACGAUGUGGAUGAAUGCUCUUCAAACAAUGCCGGAUGUGAACACUCAUGCCAAAAUCUGGUGGGCUCCUAUCAGUGCAGCUGUCAGAUUGGGUACAAACUGGAAGACGACCGAAGGAGUUGUAGUUCACUUGAAGAGUCUAUAGAGGCCCUCGAUGGCCGUCGUCCUGUCAUUCGGCCCCUCCCCCACGUGGCUGUCCUGCGGGAUGAACUCACCCAGCUCUUUGAUGAUGAGUAUGAUGAGGAAGAGGAGGAGGCAGAAGCCAGAGGGGAGCACACCCUGUCUGAGAAAUUCAUCUGCUUGGAUGACACUUUUGGCCAUGAUUGUAGCCUAACCUGUGAUGACUGUCAGAACGGGGGGGCAUGCAACGAGGACCGGAUGGGCUGUGACUGUCCGGAUGGCUGGAGUGGGAUCCUCUGCAACCAGACCUGCCCGGAAGGCACAUUUGGCAGGAACUGCAGCUUUACCUGCCUCUGCCAAAAUGGAGGAACGUGUGAUCCGGUGACUGGGGCCUGCCGCUGCCCACCUGGAGUCAGUGGAGAGAUGUGUGAGGAUGGCUGCCCAAAAGGGUUUUUUGGGAAGCACUGCAGGAAGAGAUGCAACUGUGCCAACAGGGGGCGCUGCCACCGGAUUUAUGGGGCUUGCUUGUGUGAUCUUGGCUUGUAUGGGCGAUACUGUCAUCUAGCUUGCCCAAAGUGGGCCUACGGUGCUGGCUGCUCCGAGGAAUGCCAGUGCUUGCAGCAGAACAGCAAGGAGUGUGACAAGAAAGAUGGCACCUGUUUGUGUAAACCGGGUUACCAUGGAAGAAAGUGCCAGACAAAAUGCGAUUCAGGCCAUUACGGUGCUGGCUGCCGGAGCAAAUGUGAUUGUCCCUCUGGGGCUCCUUGUGACCCUGUGACUGGAGAGUGUCAGAGAGAGUGUGCUGCAGGCUACCACGGAGAGAACUGCAGUCAGGAAUGUUCCAAAGGGAAAUAUGGGGUGAACUGUCUGAAGGCCUGUUCCUGUAGUGGGUCACCUUGUGACCGGUUCACAGGGAAAUGCGAGUGUGUGGCUGGGAAGACUGGAGUAGAUUGUGGCCAAGAUUGCCCUGAAGGUCGUUGGGGACAGGGAUGUCAGGAAAUCUGCCCAGAGUGUGCAAAUAAAGCUCGCUGUGACCCUACCACAGGUGUUUGCGUAUGCCCUCCCGGAUACACAGGCAGCCGCUGCCAAGACGUGUGUCCCCCUGGCUGGUUUGGGCAGGAUUGCCAAAUGCGUUGCAACUGUGGGAACGAAGGCUACUGUCACCCAGAGCUGGGGAAGUGUAGCUGUGCCCCGGGCUGGACCGGCUACAACUGCCAAAGAGCCUGUGACGUUGGCCAUUGGGGUCCGGAUUGUGUUAAUGCUUGCAACUGCAGCAACAGUGAUGGGAACUGUGAUGCUGUGACAGGAAAGUGCAUCUGUGAAGCUGGCUACACGGGGCGCCGUUGUGAUCAGAAGUGCCCCGAAGGAGCUUUUGGCCCAAACUGCCGGCACCGCUGCCAGUGUGACAACGGAGCCGCUUGCGACCACGUCAGCGGGGCCUGCACCUGUGCUCCAGGCUGGAGAGGGACCUUUUGUGAGCGCCCCUGUCCAGACGGGUUUUACGGGAUGGAGUGCCGGGAGACCUGCCAGUGCUUGAAUGGAGCCCGCUGCAAUCCCGUUACAGGGAGCUGCAUCUGUCCUGCUGGCUGGAUCGGCCCAAACUGCGACCAGACUUGCCAGGUUCACCGUUAUGGGGAAAACUGCAGCCAGGAAUGCAGCUGCUUCAAUGGCGCCACCUGUGACCAUGUCAGUGGGCAAUGUCUCUGCGCUCCUGGGUGGAUGGGAGCUGCCUGCAAGCAAGGGUGUCCAAAUGGAUUCUAUGGAGCAAGCUGCCGGCAGCCGUGUCUUUGUCAAAAUGGUGGAACGUGCGAUCCUGUAACUGGUCAUUGUCAAUGCCCUGAAGGAUGGAUUGGAUUGGCCUGUGAGCUGGAGUGUGCCCAAGGAAAAUACGGGAUGGAUUGCAAGCAAAGCUGCGGCUGCCUGAACGGAGGACUAUGUGAGCCACAAACGGGGCGUUGCCUUUGCCGUGCUGGCUGGACAGGAGAAAAGUGCCAAAGCUCUUGCCUGGAGGGGACUUAUGGGGACCAGUGUGCGAAACGGUGCGACUGUGAAAACGGUGUCUUGUGCCAUCACAUCACAGGCGCUUGCGACUGCCUGCCAGGGUGGAGAGGACGUCGUUGUGAAAAAGCCUGCCUGCCUGGGUCAUUUGGGAAGGACUGUGCCGCCGGCUGCGACUGUGCUCAAGGACUGCCCUGCAACCACAUCACGGGCGAGUGCAGCUGCCCUCCGGGAUUCACGGGCCAUGGAUGCGAGCAAACCUGUCUGCCAGGCACCUUUGGGCCGAACUGUGGCAGGAUUUGCCGGUGCGCAGGAGCGAACCAUGACUGCCAUCCAGUGACCGGGGAGUGUAUUUGUGCAUCAGGGUUCUAUGGCAGCAAUUGCCGGCAGAGAUGCCCUUCUGGGCGCUAUGGCCCAAAUUGUGAGAGGCAGUGUAACUGCAAGAAUGGAGGGCAUUGCGAGACUACUACAGGGGUGUGCCAGUGUCCCGCUGGGUACGUGGGGGCUGACUGCAGUACCGCUUGCCCGGCUGGUCGUUACGGCGCUGACUGUGCGUUCGUGUGUUCCUGUGGUCAUGGGGCCACCUGUCAUCGUGUGACUGGUUCCUGCGCUUGCCCGCCAGGGAGGACUGGCCCCAGCUGCGAGCAUGGUUGUCAGAAGAAUCAGUACGGGCCUGGCUGUCAGCAGACGUGUGUUUGCCGUAAUGGGGGAAUCUGCCUGGCAACGAAUGGUUCCUGCCUGUGUGGACUGGGGUGGACAGGGAGAUAUUGCGAACUGGGAUGCCCCCCAGGGAAGUAUGGGGCUAAUUGUCAGCUGAACUGCACCUGCCAAAAUAACAUGACCUGCGAUCCAGUGACAGGAACAUGCCACUGUGACAGAGGACACUAUGGGACCUUGUGUGAACACUCCUGCCCAGCUGGUUUCCAUGGAGCUGGCUGUCAGGGGGUGUGCGAUUGUCAAAACGGAGCAGCGUGCAACCCAGUGACUGGCGAGUGUAUUUGUCCACCUGGUUUCUAUGGCAACAAAUGUCAGACAGGCUGCAAGGAAGGGAAAUUUGGAGAGAAUUGUCAGCAUCUCUGCAACUGUGUAAACGGCACUCCGUGUGAGCCGACCACCGGGCACUGCCUCUGCCCUCCGGGGAAAACAGGCAUCAAGUGUGACGUGGAUUGCCCGCUGCAGAAAUUUGGCCCUGAUUGCAAGCUAUCCUGUGAGUGCUCAGUGACCAAUGCUUAUUGCAAUGCCCGGAACGGACGAUGCGUUUGCCUUAAUGGAUACAUAGGGACAAUGUGUCGAGAAGGAGGCCCACCUCAGCUGCUUACAACCAUGAGGCGACAGGUGGAAUCACUUGCAUCAUCUCGGACUUCCUACCAGGCCUCUUCCAGAGUGGUCCUUCCCUCUACGAAGCAUUAGUUCUUGUCUUCAUCAUGUCCAAGGAGAACAUGGUCCCAUGUGACUGAAGAUGGGUAGCAAAAAAGAAAUCCAGCCGCAGGUGUAGGAGAACUGGUUUGCUUACACCUCUCCGGUUCCUGUACCAGCUCCCAUGCCCAAACCCUCACCGAACGGUAAAACUGAGAUCAGCUUGUGAAUUGGGGAGGGGUAAGUCUUUAAUCUGCACACCUCCACCUCCAGCCAAAAAUGGGAGGGGUGAAUUCCAGACUCGCCUACCUGCAAGCUCAGAAGCAAUGUGUAAGUAUACAUAGCCAUUUGCUGCUCUGGACUUCGAGAGUUUGUGUAACUACGAUUUUUUUUUUUUUGGAAUAUCCAUAGUUAAAUUUUGUAUUUAUGUAAAGAUAUUUAUGGGCAGAUGUAUAAAAGUUGCGUGUUUAUGAUUGCUACUCCAAAAGCCCUGUGGGACUGAGUAGCCCUUGAGUAAAGCGAAAAGAAAAGAAAAAAGCAACCAGCAAUGUGAACCAUUCAGCUCAGAGCUUGAGAAUGGCACACCCUGGUAGAGCCUGGAAAAAUUUACUGUUAAAAUGUCACACGUCAGAAGGGAGCCUGUUUUGGUCUCUGCCGACCGAAGACUUUGAAAGACGAACAUCUAAAGAAGGGAAGGCUUUGCCACUUAGCGUGCCAUUUCUGUGAUCCAGUCUCAGUUGAGAAACUUAUGCAGCACUUGAGAAUCGUACCAGAAACGCAGCUUGGUGGCUUGCCAAGGAUUGGAACCGAUUUUGUACCUCAUUAGCAGGAUCUUGGCAGCUGCCACCAUCCAGCCAGCACAAAAGUCUGAAUUAUUAGCACCAGUUCAGACGUUUACAGCAGCUUGACUUUUGUUGAUGCAGUAACAAUUCUUUCUUCCAAGCAAAAGACAGCUGGCUGCUCAAUGAUCUUGAACCCACACCAGUCCACCUCUCUGCACCCCACUGGGGCAAUGUGUCAUAGCCACUGCUGAAGUGAGGGUUAACAGCACCUAGUGUGUGGAAGUUAUGCGAGUCUGCAGGAGGGCUCCUGGUUGAGGUGCACACAGGCCCCUCAAUGUUUCCUAAGGCAGCCUAAAGGAAAAAAGAACAAGGGAGUGGGGGGGGAAUUCUCCCAUCGCUGAAUCCGGUUUGGAAUUUUUGACCUUGUAUUUCUGAAUGCAGCCAGGAGAACUAGAAAGUUUGGUUUGCAGCAGACAUCUACACCAGCACAAUUCUAAAGCAUGUUGUAGGAAUCAGGCUAAAUUUUUUGGGGGCCUGUAGAUUGAGCUCUGUACAGGUUCUGCUUAAGAACAAAUUUUGAAGUUGAACUAUAAAAGAGCUGGAGCCAAACACGGGUUUAUACCAGCUGCCUGGAUUGGCACCUUCUGCCAGUUCCUUGGGUAAUAUCCACUCUUCUCCAGGCAAUUAUGAUACUUGACAAUUAAAUAUCUCAUGUGGCCUGCCUUUCUAAGCCAUUUGCGGGUAACUAAUCAUUUUAUCUGUUUACUAGCAGCAUACAUCAUUAUAGCACAUUUAUCUUCAGAAGCUUUAGAGCCCUCAUAAUGGGGAAGGGAGUUGCCACUGCUUCUUGCAACAAGGGGGCACUGGGGAGUCCAGUUCCCACGCUCCCUGCUGGUGAGGGAUGCCCCUUGCAGGAAUCCCAACCUUCAACUCUACUAUAAGCCGUUUCCCUUUGUGAGGUACAAUUUUUGAGAAAAGGAGAAUUGGUGGAGAGCUCUCCCAGAGAGACCUUUUGAGAGACCUCUAAAUCAGGAUUCGCCAACAGGUGCCCAACACCUUACCUGGCACCUGCCAAGUGUUUUCAUUGAGUGGGUGGGGCUCUGGCACAGCUCAGCUUCUGAUUGGCUGUGCAGAUUUAAUACAACAUUGCUUUGGUGGCAGCAGUCACCACAGUUGGUUGAUUGGCUCACUCCUCUUUCCCAGUGUAUUUUUAAAAUUACCUCUCUUCUUCCUUGUGCUUGGACUUCCUCUCGGUGUGUGUGCUUGGCUCCACCUCCUGUUGCAGCCAUUUUGUGGGUGCACCCACCACCCUGUUUCAGAAUUGCCCACAGGCUCAAAAAGAUUGGGGGUCCCUGCUCUAAAAUCUUGGAGAACCCGAGUUAAUUACAAGGGGAACCAUAAGGAGAGCACCUAUAGCUACAACCUGUUGAAAUAAUACACCUUCAUGUUUAAGGAUCAGAAAUCCAGAGGAGUUAGCAUGUUAGUAGUUGCAAAAUAGUAGAGAGUCCAGUAGCCCCUUUAAGACUAACCAAUUUUAUUGUAGCAUAAGCUUUCGAGAACCACAGCUCUCUUCAUCAGAUGCAUCGUCAGCGUUCGAGAACCACAGCUCUCUUCGUCUCUAGCGAAGGUGCUACUGGACUCUUUGCUAUAAGAGAUCAGAAAGUUCCUCCCUGGGAUUUGGGCCUACUAAAUUUAAUAGCAAAUGGCAAGCAGCAGUCUGUACACAGAUCUGCACAAAAGAGAGUUCCCAUUUUAAGAAAAAUGUAAUUAUGAUGUGGUAUAGAGCCAGUCAGGAGUUGCACACGAGGUGUACAAGUGGGAAGCACAGGGAAAAUGUUCCCGGUGGAUUGGGUCCCAUUUCUCUAUAUGUAGACUCCACUGCAAGCCUGCUUGCCACAACUUCCCGUUUCUCCCUUUUCUACUGCUUGCCUGGCAACAGACUUUCCGUCAAGCAUCAUCACAAAACGCAUCCCCACAAAAUGAAUUAUGCUCACUUGUUUGUAUAAAAAGGCAUUUAUACAUAACUUUAUGCUACUCUGUAUUCUGUGCAGUUGACAGCAGUAUUAUGUCCCCCCCAAAAGGAAGCAAAAUGAAAACUAAUGUUUUUUUUAAUAAAAAAUUAAGAAU